AUGCCUCCGAGUCCCAGCAGCGUUGAAAGGCCCGAAGGCGAGCAGCAACGAGGUGGCGAUUACAUGGCUACACGCACGACCAAGGACGAGACGUUAUGGGACGAGGAACAUCAUCUGUUGCGCAUGGACCCGAGUCUCAUUACGGAGAGUCAGCAGCUGGCGUUUCUACCGCGGACCACCGCUCACGAGGCAUCGGGCACUUUCAGCAGUGCAACAGAGAGCCGCAAGACGUAG